AUGAGUCAAAUUGCUGCGCUUUUUUUGAUGUAUAUGGAUGAGGAAGAAGCAUUUUGGUGUAUGCACGCACUACUUGUUGACAAAAAGCAUUCCAUGCAUGGCUUUUUUAUUCCGGGCUUUCCAAAAUUAGUACGUUUUCAAGCACAUUAUGAAAAAAUACUACAGAAAUAUCUUCCUCGCCUGAAAAAACAUUUGGAUAAAACAAGUAUUCCUCCAAUUUAUUUGACAAAAUGGUGGUUCGGAUGCUUUUUGGACCGGGUGCCAUUUCCAUUGGCAUUGCGAUUAUGGGAUGUUUUUUUGCUGGAAGGUGAUGUAAUACUCACUGCAAUGGCCUACAAUAUCAUGAAAAUGCAUGAAAGUAUGUUUGAUUGCUUCUCUGGCGUUGAAAAGGGCUUUACUUUUCGAUUUUCAAAUUCAGAAAUUGAAUAG